AUGUCGAAGUUAGUGUUCACAACAAAAGGGAAAGAACACAUUAUUAAGAAGAACGUCAUUCACAACCUCCAAUCUAGUGCUUCAUAUAGAAUUGGAAACACACAAGUAGUUUGUGGGAUUAGUACUGAGAUAGUUCAAAUGAUUCAAGAUGGAAAAGAACCACAACACAUUGAGGUCGAAAUAAAAAGAAGUGGAUUAAAUGAAGAUAAAUCAGCUAUGAUUGAGAGUAUUCAGAAGUGGAUAGAAGAAGUAUUGAAUGACAAAGAUCUAUUUGGGAAUCGAGAAAAAUUUAUAGUUAGUACAGAAGACAAAGAAACAAGUUUUUACCAAAAGAUUCGUUUAGUUAAUUAUAUUAUUGAUGACGAUGGAUCAGUUUUUGAUGUAGCAAUUUUAGCAAGUAUCACAGCAUUACUUACACGUUUGUUUAAUAAAAAAUGA